AUGCCUGUUUCAAAAUACUUUACAGCAAGGGUGAAGGGACGUGAACCAAGCUCAAGGCCAAGCUCAAAGUAUUCAUGCAGCUGUUGUGAACUCUUUUGAGAUUUUAAACAAUGUCUGUUAAAAACGUUUUGAAAGGCAUGGGCUACAAGUUCAUAGCCGAGAUUGGUGAAGGCAGUUUUUCCCAAGUCAAGCUCGCCACUUCGCAGAAACACCACUGUAACGUGGCCAUCAAAAUUGUGGAUCGCGUAAAGGCCCCUAAGGAUUUCGUCCAGAAGUUUCUCCCAAGGGAACUAGCGAUUUUGAGACGAGUGAAUCACGAGCACAUUGUGCAAAUGCAUGAGUUAAUUGAGGUGGCUGGUAAACGACUUUGUAUUGUGAUGGAAGCUGCAGCCAAAGAUCUCCUUCAGAAGAUACAUGAAGUGAAAUGCAUCCCAGAAGACCAAAGCAAAAACUUGUUCUCUCAGAUGGUCAGUGCCAUCAACUACCUCCACCAGAUGGACAUCUUCCAUCGGGACCUCAAGUGUGAAAACAUACUGCUGACAGCCGAAGAACAAGUUAAGAUCACAGACUUCGGUUUCGCUCGCUCUGUUCAAGACCCUUCCGAGCUCAGUCAUACCUUCUGUGGUUCUGCAGCCUACACUCCACCAGAAGUCAUCAUGGGAACGCCGUAUGACCCAAAAAAGUAUGAUGUAUGGAGCCUCGGGGUGAUCCUAUAUGUCAUGGUGACUGGAUUGAUGCCAUAUGAUGACACCAACUUGAGGCGACUUCACCGUCUUCAAAGCAAGUCUUUGGUUUUUUCGGACGAUGCCAGUGUUCAGGAACCAUGCCAAGUCUUCAUCCGUACUCUGCUCCAGUUCAAUCCUUCCACACGUCCAACAAUUCAGCAGGUGGCAGAACAUCCAUGGAUGCAGAAGGGAAAAAGCUAAAAGCACACAAGCUAAUAAAACAGUGUGCAA